UUUAUAAUCACUUCAUUAACUUAACCAACUAACCAAGCCUGAAUUCAGAAGGAAGAAAGCAAAAAGAUGUCUGAGGAUGGAAAUUCAGAAAAGAGGUUUUGGCCUGAGCUUGUGGGCGAAGAUGGGAAUAAGGCUGUAAAGAUCAUAGAGGAAGAGAAUCCGAAUGUGGUCGUAGUCUUACAAGCUGGGCCAGAGAUCAUAUCCAAACCAUUAUAUGGUCCCGAUGGCAGUAUCAUAGGCUACCAAGCAGUCUCAGGCCGCCCGCCAUACGCAGUUCCUCCCGGCCUCGCUGUUGUUGAAGUUGUUCUUGACGUCGAGGGGAAGGUCGAAAAGGUUCCUGUCAUUAGAACAUCCUAAAAUUAACUUAAAUUAAUGAGAAAGAUCAUGAGUAUAUAAGGCACACUGUUUUCGUUGGUAUAAAACCUUUCGGAGAAAAAGUCACUAGAGCUCGUGGUCAAAGUAGACAUGUUUCUAUUGCUCGACUUCCUAAAUUCAUCUUCUUUGGGGGGUAAUAUUUCAAAAUUUCAAUAAGAAUUAUAUAAUUUAGCACA